CGUGAGUCCACUUCGUUGUGAAAAAGUCGCCGCAGUCUGCUUACUUGUCUGCAACAAAGACGCACUUUUGAAAUUUUUCAGGUCAUGGAUCCUUUACAGAAUGGGAAUAAAUGCGAGGAAAACUCCCAGUUUGCUGAGGAAGAGGAGGAAGAAGAAGAAGAAGAGGAGGAGGACGAAGGAGAAGUGGACCCCAGAAUCCAGGGAGAGCUGGAGAAGUUAAACCAGUCUACAAAUGACAUUAACCGCUGGGAGACCGAGCUGGAGGACGGCCGGCAGCGGUUUCGUCUCGUGCUGGUGGAAGCAACUGUCAAGCUGGAUGAGCAGAUGAAGAAGAUCGGUCGAGCAGUGGAUGACUCUAAACCGUACUGGGAAGCUCGCAAACUGGCAAGACAGGCUCAGGUUGAAUCCCAAAAGGCUACUCAGGAGUUCCAGCGUGCAGUGGAGAUCCUGCGUGCGGCCAAGGAGACCAUCGCCCUGGCUGAGGAGAGGCUGCUGGAGGAGGACACUCGCCAGUUUGACUCUGCCUGGCAGGAAAUGCUUAACCACGCCACACAGAAGGUUAUGGAGGCAGAGCAGGCGAGAAUGCGCAGUGAAGCCGAACACAAGAAAACAGCCGUCAAAUACAAUUCCUGUAUUAGUCACAUGAGGCAGUUAGAGAAGAAACUCAAGCGCUCCAUCAGCAAAUCCAGGCCUUAUUUUGAACUGAAAGCAAAGUAUUAUCUGCAGCUGGAGCAACUGAAGUGCCACGUGGACGAGCGUCAGGCCAAACUUGCGGUUGCUAAGGCCGAGUACCGCGCAGCAUUGCACAACCUUGAGAGCAUCUCUGAGGAGAUCCAUGCGCAGCGCCGUUCCCUCGCCAUGGGAACCAGGGAGCAAGGCGUCGGCGCAGAGGGGGAUGAUGACAAGGAUAUUAGCAACUUUAAAAUGGACUCAGACGGUCUGUCAAUGGUAUCUGUGUCAGUCGAUGAGGACGGUAUUCAGACCAGCAGCUCAGAAGAGGAAACAGAAACCUGCUCCCCCUCCUCAUCUCAGAGCGUGCCCCCCUCCUCCUCUUCUUCCUCUGAUCUGACCCCAUCUUUCUCCUCCUCCAUGGACACACCCUCCCUGUUCCCCUCCUCCUCCUCUCUUUUUAGUCCCUGCUCCUACCUCCCCUUCUCCUCCUCCUCCUCUCCUGGUGUCUUGAUGAUCCCCUGCAGCGCUCAUGGUGCAGACUCGGAGUGUAGUUCUGGGCGUGGUUCACCUCUCCUUGGACCUCGUAGCCAAUGCAGCGGGGCUUCCUCUCCAGACUGCGAGCAGGAGAGAGGUGACAGAGCAGAGGGAGAAGAGGCACCAUUAGAAGCUGGUCUCAAUAAACUGACUUUGACUGUAGCACAAAAACAAGAGAGGGACUCUGGAGGUGAAGCUGACACCUGUCACUCAAAGCCGGACGUGCUCUGUUCUGGCUCAGCCAGCUCCGUUCUGCUGGUCAACACGGUCUGAUGGACCUCUAAACACUCACGUGGAGGGAGGAGACGUACAGACGAGUCGCUCCCACAUCUCACAAACAGGAUGUUCUUAUUUCCAUCGGAUGAUGAUCAGACUUUCACUGACUCAGAAUAGGAAAUCCUGUCAGCAUGAGGAGCGUCUUCGUCUUCUGUUGUGCUGUACAGCAGAAUCUCUGCAGCUUCUGCACAUUGCGGUGCGCCUGGAACAGAUUGUCUGGAGAACUCGUGUGUAGCUCCGAGACGAGUCUGUGUUGCUGUGGCAGACUUUAAAAAAAGAAAACUGUCAGUGCAAAACUGCACUUUUUGUGCUCUGCACAUUCUGUGAUGUUGACAUCAAACUCUUUAUGAAUCAGACUGCAUCAUGUUUUACUUUUGUCCUCCUCCUUUAACAAGUGUAUAGUCUGCACUAACCCACACUGCCCUUGGCAAACAUCGAUAAGCUUACUACUGACAAGUGACACUUAUAUGAUAAAGAUUUUUACAAAGUGCAGUUCUGUGAUUUUGACCUUUUGAUCCCCAAAUCAAUAGGUUUCUUGGGGUCAGUAUACCUAGUAACACACAUACCACAUUUGGUGGCAGUCAAGCAAGUAAGUCCCUUCGACUGCUCUCUUGUUUUUCACUCAGGGUCACCACAGCAAAUCCAAGGUGGAGCUGCAUGUUGAUUUGGCACGAGUUUUACACCCGAUGCCCUUCCCGACGCAACUCCACAUUACCUGAAGAAAUGUGGCAGAGGUGGGAUUUGAACCGGGAACCUUGCGCACUGAAACCAAGUGUAUUAACCACUUGACCUUCAUUUGGUGGCAGUCAAGCAAUUAGGAAAGAAGUUAUUAUGCUAAUGAGAUUUUAACAAAGUAUGUUCUGGGGACCUUAACCUUUGACCUUUUGACUUCAAAAUCAAUAGGGUUGUUAGGGUCACUAAUACUAUGCAUAAUCCCAUCUGCAGUAGGCCAGUACUCACUGACUCACUGGCUGACUGACUCGCUGACAGACUGACUUACUGACUCACUAACUCCCUGAUUGACUGACUCUGACUCCCUGAUUGAUUGAUUGACUGACUCCCUGAUCAGCUGACUUCAGUAUGGACUGACUGACUGACUCCCUGAUUGAUUGACUGACUCCCUGAUUGACUGACUCACUGACUCCAUGCACACAUCAGUUCAACACACAGCAGUUAAGAAAGUGAAGACAGCUGCAGUAUUAAUGCCCUAAAAUGAAAGAACACUUACGAUGAGUCUGAACCUUGUCAGAAAUUAUCUUCUCUUUGAUUUGUGAAUGACUGAGUGAAUGUGUUCUACAGGACAGACCAUCUGUUUCAUGUGUCUUUGUGUUUAUGAAUGAGUGAAAUUUUCAGUAUUCAUCCAUUUUCUUGCCAAAUCUUGAAAUACCUUCAUAUAGUACAAAUAUACUCUAUUUAUAUUUGUGUAUAUUUUAUGUAUUGCUAAUGUUAUUUGUGUAUGUGUGUGAUUACUGUUAUUGACACUAAAUUAGCAAUAAACCAGUUUGGCUUCAUGAAUUAUA